AUGGAAGUUAAGCUAAUCAUCCAUGUGGUUGUUGUUGCGUGUUUGAGCUUCCUCCUGCCUUGUGGUGUGGUGUGCCAGGAAGGGGGGAAAUCUUGUUUGACACCAAAUAUGGAAUAUGGAGAGUGUAUUGAGUGGGCAAAGUGUCCAAAUAUUUACACAUCAAUGGCCAAUAGACCACUCAAUGUACCGAAUCGGGCAUUUUUUGCAUCAUCUCUCUGUGCCAUCAGCAAUGACAAGGUGUUUGUGUGCUGUAAAGCCACCAAAUCAAAUUCAGACGGAAGUUGUGCCACACCUGAUCAGAGACCAGGAAAAUGCAUUCAUUUGGAGGAAUGUGCCUCAAUCUACGAUGCCCUUCGCUUCAAGAGACCCCUAACGGAGGAAGAUCGCUCCUUUAUGCGUCGCAGUCAAUGUGGUGGGUAUCAAGGUGGACGAAUAAAGGUGUGCUGUCCAGGAGAGGAUACCCUCCUACCGGCACCUGGUCAGGGUUGUGGAACAAUGACAAUGGGAAACUACGUGUACGGCGGAGAGAGAACGUUAAUUGAUGAAUUCCCCUGGACAGUAUUGCUGGAAUAUCAGAAACCUCAGAACAAGACUGACUUUCACUGCGGAGGAAUUCUUAUCAGCAACAGAUACGUCUUAACAGCAGCCCAUUGUGUGCGUGGAAUCCAUUUCCCGGAAUCCUGGAAGUUAAUUCGAUGCCGCCUUGGGGAAUUUGACUUAUCCACAGAUCAAGAUUGUGAUGAAGAUGACUGUGCACCUCCCCCUCAGGAUAUUCCCGUGGAGGACGUCAUUGUGCACAGUGGCUAUGAAUCCGCAUCGCGAAAUCAACUCAACGACAUUGCCCUCAUUCGACUACGCUACCCUGCCACGCUGGGAGCCUUCGUCCAACCCAUUUGCCUGCACAGAAAGAUGGAAUCAAAACCCGGAAUGAAGCUCUACGUUGCCGGCUGGGGACGAACUGAAUCAGCCGCCUUCAGUCCGGUUAAACUGAAGGUACAGCUUCAGUAUGUUUCACCCCUAAUUUGCAACAUUGUCUACAAGAGGGAGGAUGUGAGCAUCACGCGGAAUCACAUCUGCGCAGGAGGGCAAAAGGACAAGGACAGCUGCAAGGGGGAUUCUGGGAGUGCCCUCUUCGCCAUGGCAAAUUCAACGGAACACCAACCUUAUUGGUUCUGCGCGGGAAUCGUCUCCUUUGGACCAUCCAUCUGUGGUCUCGAUGGAUGGCCGGGUGUUUACACAUAUGUCCCAUCCUACUACCAAUGGAUCCUUGAGAAUAUGAAGCCCUAAGAACGUCCUUUCCCACCAUUGUUUUUAACAACAUUUUCCGUAUGAAAAUUAUUGCGAAAAUGUAUUUAAAAUUUAAUAAAUUAAUUAAUUUUAUAUCAAAA